AUGGGUGGGUGUUUAGGGCUUAUAAGAAACAGACCAGGAGUUACUGAUAAUGCCCUUACUUCUAGGUCUAAUACAGCUAACACGAGAAAAAAUCAUCCCUUGUGUCAUGAAAAAAUUCGAUGGAAAUCAGAUGUGCCAUUAACAGAAGGACAAUUAAGAAGUAAAAGAGAUGAAUAUUGGGAUACAGCUCCAGCCUUUGAAGGUAAAAAGGAAAUUUGGGAUGCUCUACGAGCAGCAGCACUGGCUAGUGAGUCAAAUAAUUUUGAACAUGCACAGGCCAUACUUGAUGGGGCCAAUAUUUCAGUACCUAAUGGCUUCUUGACAGAAUGUUAUGAUGAACUGGGAACUUGUUAUCAAGUACCUGUCUAUUGUUUAUCUUAUCCAAUAAAUAUUGUAGAAGAGGAUAGUAGAGAUUUAUCUGGAGAAAAUAUUGAGGAUAUUGAUAAUGGAGAUGAGUGUACCUUAAAAUUAAGACUUUCAACAUCAUGCACUGAUGUCAAGUUACUUAUAAACUCUAAUAAGACGAUAGGAAUGGCGAAAAAAAAAUUAUGUCAGCAACUUAAAAACUCUGAUAUAAAUUUGGAACCCUCUGGUCAGAGAUGGUAUUUUGGAGGAAGAUUACUUGUUGAUAAAAUGAAAAUCAAUGAAAUACAUAUUCAACCAGGGUAUGUUAUUCAAGUUAUAUACAAUGAAGUUAAUAAAUCUGACACCUAA